UUGUCUUCAUUUCCUGAUGACAUCUUUUGACUGCUCCCCCAAAUUUCACCAUCAUUUCAAUCUCAAUUUGGGGAUUUAAGGAUUUCAAUUCACACUCACAAUCUGAGAAUUUAGGGUUUCAAUCGAUGCCGGAAAGUCAAAUUCCGGAUCAAGAAUUCAGUCUUUUUAACAUUCAAUUUGAUUAGUUUUAGGGUUUUUGAAGAAGUAGUAAUGUCUGGAAGAUUCGAAGGUGCAGAAGGAGGAUCAUCAUCAACAUUGACGACUGUAAACGGAGGACGGAACUAUACUUCUUCUAGUCCGACGUUGUCAGGACGAGGUGGAGAUGUUAAUGGGAUUCUGAGUUCUGGUUCUACUACUUCAUCUAGAGGGAGUACAACGUUGUCGUCUGUGGGUUUGUUACCGCCUUUAUCUCAGUGUAUUAUGUUGGAGACUAUUACAUUGGAUGAUCAGAAAGGUACUAGGUCUGGUGAAUUAAAGAGGAUUUUUAGUGUUGCGGAUGAGAAUUCGACGACUGCACAGUUUAAGGUGGGGAGUCCGGCGACGGUGGAGGAUGUAAGAAGGUUUAGAGGUAGUUUACUGGAGAAUUCUACUAAGGCCAGGGAUAGAGUGAAAAAAAUGGACGAAUGUGUCUUCAAAUUGGAUAAGUAUAGGUUUACUUAUCCCCCGAAGCGUAGAGCUAAGCUGUCACCUAGUGGUGGUACGAACGCGAUGGUGGUGGGGAAUCAGAUUCAGCAGAACCCAACGGAGCUUGUGAAUCAAAGAUUGGAUAAGAAUGUUGGUUUGAUUAAGCGUGUUCGUACUUCAGUAGCUGAAGUAAGUGUUUGUAUUUCGGAGGCUAGGAAUAUUGCACUAUCAAGGCAAUCUAUAAUUUUGGACAAGGACAGGGAUAUGCUUAAAAGCACCAGUGGAGGAGGAUCAGUGCAGGAUGAACAAAAAAUCCGAGUAAUUCCUGCUGGAGGGGAUGGAUGGGAUAAAAGGAUGAAAAGGAAGCGUUCUAUUGGUGCAGUGGGUAAUAGGGCCAUGGAUGGUGAUUACGAACCAAAACGAGCAAUGCAUCAGAAGCCUAUUAGUGACCCUAGGUCACGUUCUCUUGAUCCACAUGGCUUCGGAUCAUGUCCUUCGAAUGGAGGUAGUGGAAUCAACAAGUUCGAUGUCACUUCUCAACUUACUAGUUCCAAUAUUCGUUUAACACCCAAGAUUGAGCUGGAAAACAUUUCUUUGCAAAAUGAUAGAAAGGACCGUGGAAUGAACAAGUUGGAUGUCACAUCUCAAUUUAGUUCCAAUAUUCGUUUGACACCCAAGAUUGAGCCGGAAAACGUUUCUUUGCAAAAUGAUAGAAAGGAUCGUGGAUUUGGGUUUGAUAAGGAGAGGGUUGUGGUUGUACCCAAGCUUAAUAAGCUUAAUAUUCUUGAGAGCAAUCAGAUAGGCUGCCACAGUCCAGUAACGAAAGGAAAAGCUUCCAGGGCAACACGUACUGGUCCUGGUGGGCCAAACUCAUCUCCCAACAUCCCCCGUACUCCUGGAGCCCAUGAGAUCUCGGAGCAACCUUCAAGCUUAAACAAAGUGCAGACUUUGGGUGGGGUAAAUAAUCGAAAACGCCCAAUGUCUGCAGGAUCACCUUCACCCCCUGUGACUCAAUGGCUUGGUCAGAGGUCGCAGAAAAACUCGCGAACAAGGAGAACGAACCUGGUUUCUCCUGUUUCAAUCCGCGAUGACAUUCAGGCACUGCCUGAAGGGUAUCCAACUCCUGAAAUUAGUAAUAGAUUAAUGUCUAGUGAGACAACUUCCCAGCUCCCCAAAGGUGUAUCUAACAGAGCCCAACAGUAUAAAAUGAAACCCGAGAAUGUUGCAUCCCCAGCUAGAUUUUCUGAAAGUGAAGAAUCAGGAGCUGGUGAAAAUAAAAUGAAGGACAAACAUGUGGACUAUGGGGAGAUAGAGGAUCAAUCUGUUAACGAAGUAAAGAAAAUAGGGUCUAUUGCAUCAUCUAUGAAGAAGAAUAAAGUUUUUGUUAAGGUAGAUGUGGAAGAUGGGCCAAGGAGGGUAGGACGGAGUGGAAGGAUUCAAUCAGUGUCAAGAGUAUCUGUUCCUCAAGUAACGGAAAAAAUGGAUAGCCCAGGCACAGCUAAACCUGUGCGAAGUAUGAGAAUUGGCUCUGAAAAGAAUGACAGUAAACCAGGUCGUCCACCUUCAAAAAAGUUGGCAGAACGCAAGGUUAUAACACGUCCUGGGAAGGCGCUAAAUAGUGGUUCCCCUGGUUUCACAGGAGAAUCGGACGAUGAUCACGAUGAACUAUUAGAAGCUGCAAAUUUUGCUCUGAAAUCAAGAUAUCUUGCUUGCUCAGGUUCGUUUUGGAAGAAAGUUGAACCAAUUUUUGCUUCUGUGAGUUCAGAGGACACGAUCUACUUGAGGCAACAGUUACGUUUUGUGGAGGAGCUUGAUGAAUUAUUUUGUGAUGCAUCUGGUGCUGACCUUAAUGAUCUGGGCGAGGUUGGUUGGACAGAACCAGUGUCCAAGCUCAAUGGUAAUGGGUUGAGCAUAUCGGGUAAAGCUUCAGAUUCUCUGACUCAAUCACAGGAAUUUGAUACUCUCUGCGGAAUGUUAGACACAGAAGGUUAUGAGAAAGUUAAUCCGCUGUAUCAAAGGGUUCUCUCUGCUUUGAUUGGAGAAGAUGAAAUGGAUGACAAUGACCAUGUCAGUGAAGGACAAGAAUUCUUUCACUAUGCAAGUGAUGACUCACCUUGUAUUACCUUUGGUUCUGAAUGUAAAGAUGCGGAUACGUUGGAGUCUGAUCUUGAUUCCAGCGGUGAAUUGAUAAAUUCAGAUACUGGGACUGCAUCUGGCUUCGACGAGAAUCAUUUGGGUGGGUCACCGUCCUUCUCAAAUAGUUCUGCUUCUGCAAUUUCUUCUUCUGACUGCCAAUAUCAACUCAUGUGUCUGGACGACAAACUCAUGCUAGAGCUGCAGAGCAUUGGCCUGCAUCCAGAGAGAGUGCCUGAUCUGGCGGAGGGAGAAGAUGAACAGAUAAUUAAAGAAAUUCAGGAACUUAAAAAGGGGCUAUACCAAAAGCAGGCGAGGAAGACGAAAGUUAAGUUAAGCAAGAUAGAUAAAGCUCUUCUGAAGGAAAGAGAGGUUGAACGAAGGGAGAUUGAGCAGAUUGCAAUGAACAAACUUGUUGACAUGGCAUACAAAAGGCGAAUGGCGUGUCGAGGAGGUAAUUAUUCAAGAAGUGGAGUCAGUAGGGUCUCAAAAGUAGCUGCCCUAGCUUUUGUUAAACGGACUAUUACUCGAUGUCGGAAGUUUGAAGCUACAGGCAAAAGUUGCUUUAGUGAGGCGUCUCUUCAAAAGAUCAUUUUGUCUGCAUCUAGAUGCAGCACCGAUGGAGAACCUGUUGAUACUGUCUGUACUGAGGCUGCUGCGAAUGUACCGUUAGCUCCAGGUGCUGUUUCUGUCAGUGUUGAGCGACAUGGUCCUUCUGGUGUUAAAUUUGAUAGGGGAUCCAAUGCCUUUCAGUCUCUCAGCCAUUCAUCCAUUCAGACCUUUGCACAAUGUGAACCAAUGUCAAACAGAGGAAAAAAGAGAGAAGUACUGCUUGAGGAUGUUGGAAACACUGCUUCAAGAGCAGUAGCGCCUCAUGGUGAAGUUCUCUUGGGUAAUGUAAAGGGAAGUAGAAUUGAGAGAGAUAGGGAUCUAUCAACUGGUAAUUUUGUUGCAAAGAUUGGUCGCCCAUUACUGGGAGGAUUUAGGGGGGAACGCAAAACUAAAACAAAACUCAAGCAGCAAAAACUUGUUCAGUUGUCAGCUUCAGGAAAUGGUCUCUUUGACAAGGUUAGAGAAACAACAGAAGUCUACCGUCCAGUUAGUGAUUUUAAUGAAACAAUGACAAAGGAUAGAAACAAGGUACGGGGCGAAGUGGAGCUACCUCCAUCCAACAAAACUCAUGUGAAUUCAUCCAAAGAAACGCGGGAACCAGGUCUUUUUGGCAGUUUACACCUAAAUGAUUUGGAUCCAGCUUCUGUGUCUAACGAUCUUGACGAGCCCCAAGAUCUUACAUCAUGGUUGGAUUUUGAUGUAGAUGUGCAAGACAUUGGCUCAAUGGGUCUUGAAAUACCUAUGGAUGACUUGUCAGAAAUUUUGAUGUGAUAGUUGGUCGCAGCGGAAGCUCUUUUUUGUCUGAAUCAUCUAACUGCCGCCUUCAGUUAUAGCCAUCUCUGUGAUUCUCAAAAAGUUUAACAGUUUAUUUUUAACAAACUUGGUAACAGGUUAUUUUCUUUUGCUGAUUCUACCUAUUUAGUGGGUAUCAUUACUAGCAAGAGCUUCUCGGAUCUGCGCGUAAGCGCAUAUGUGUACAUACAUUUUGUUCCUGGGAAGAAAUCUUCAAUGUUCCUAUGUACAUGGUAACUUAUUUCUGAGUUGAUCAGGGCUUUGUUGUUUCAUUAUUGUAAAUCAACAACUCAGUCCCCUUUAAUAUUACUCAGACUUCAUUUUA